CCUAACCUAGCGAGUACAAAUGUGAAGUACAAACUUGCUGAUCACAGGUAUGGUAGGGAGGAGAUGUUGGCUUUGUUCACCCACAGUGAUGAGGCACCGGAUCAAUUGAAGGAACAUCCCAUUUACUCUGCAGAUGCACUGGUUCCACUGGCUCUCCUGCCUCAAACUGAAGAAGAACAA